AAAAUAUAAAAUAUAUUUUUCAGAUAGACUUUUGAUUUCAAGGUUAUAUUAUAAAUAUAUUGGGUUUUGACUGUUUCAAGAAACCAAUUUUACAGUAAAUGAUGGCAAAUACAGUUGUUAGAUAUUACCAGAGACCAGGUCUCAGUGAUGCCAAAGUUAAUGAUACGUUGGCUAAACUGAAGACAACGAUCGCCAAGAAUGUGACAUCAAUUCAGACAGAGUUUUGCUAUUAUGUGGGGAUCAAUGGAUUUCUGAAUGAAUCGGAUCAGAGAAAAGUCGAAUGGAUAUUAUCGCCGACUUUCGACAGCACUCUCGCAAAGUCAACAUCACUGGCUGUCGCUGUCGAUGAUAAGUCAUCGGCAAAGAAGUGCUUAUUAUUUAUCGAAAUCGGUCCGCGACUCAGCUUUAGUACUGCCUUUUCGACAAAUGCCGUAUCCAUUUGUGCAGCUGUGGGAUUGGCAGCAAAAAUAAACAGAAUCGAGAGGAGCAUUAGAUACCAGAUCAGCUUUGAGGGCGAAAUUAGUGGUGAAGUGGAGUCACUGAUAGUAAACCAAUUGCACGACCGCAUGACUGAACAACGAUAUACAAAACCAAUUGAUUCGUUUGCAUUACCCGUCAAUACAGAGACAUGGACUGAGAUCGACAUCAUUAAUAGGGGAGAGGAAGCCCUCCGUCAGAUCAGUGAUGAACUGGGACUGGCAUUUGAUGAAUGGGAUAUACAAUACUAUACUAAUCUAUUCAGGGAUACACUUAAACGCAAUCCGACAUCAGUCGAGUGCUUUGAUUUGGCUCAGUCUAACUCUGAACACUCAAGACAUUGGUUUUUCAAAGGAAACCUAGUGAUUGAUGGCAAACAAAUUGAUAGAUCGCUGAUCGAUAUGGUGGCCGACACACAAAACCAUACCAAUGACAACAAUGUCAUCAAAUUCAAUGACAACUCGAGUGCCAUCAAAGGCUUCUCUGAUCUUAAGAUUCUUCUUCCGGUAAACUCGACUGAAGCCUCGUUAGUUAAAGUCGAACCAAAUAAGACUCGACACAUCAUAUUUACUGCCGAAACACACAACUUCCCCACUGGUGUGGCCCCCUUUCCCGGUGCUACCACUGGAACCGGAGGUCGCAUUAGGGAUGUCCAGGCAGCGGGUCGUGGCGCUCAUGUAGUCGCUGGAACUGCUGGUUACUCUUUUGGAAAUCUUAAUAUUCCCGGCUAUGACAUGGAAUGGGAGGAUAAAAAUGAGGUCUAUCCGACAAAUUUUGCCUCACCGUUGCAGGUAUGCGUCGAAGCCAGUAAUGGUGCCUCAGAUUAUGGCAACAAAUUUGGUGAACCAGUUUUGACCGGUUUUGCCCGAAGUUUUGGACAAAGAUUACCAAAUAAUGAAAGAUAUGAAUGGAUUAAACCAAUUAUGUUUAGUGGAGGUAUUGGUACCAUAGAUGAGGGUUUUGUUGGCAAAAUGCCACCAGAAAUAGGGAUGUCUGUCGCAAAAAUUGGUGGACCUAUCUAUAGAAUCGGAGUGGGAGGCGGCGCCGCCAGCUCUACCAAAAUUCAAGGAAAUGAAGAGAACCAGGAGUUAGAUUACGGUGCCGUUCAAAGAGGCGAUCCGGAAAUGGAGCAAAAACUCAAUCGAUUCCUCAGAGCGUGUAUUGAAUAUUCUGACAAGAAUCCCAUUCAAGCAAUUCAUGACCAAGGUGCCGGAGGAAAUGGCAAUGUUCUCAAAGAGAUAGCCGAUCCAUUGGGCGCCAAGAUCUAUACGGAUCGAUUCAGUUUAGGCGAUCCAACUGUCAAUACACUGGAGUUAUGGGGAGCCGAGUAUCAGGAGAGCAAUGCUAUACUUAUCCGACCAGAAGAUCAUUCAUUACUUCAGAAGAUAAGCGAACGGGAAAAGUGUAAAAUUGAUUUUGUCGGCGAAGUUACCGGCGAUAAGCACAUCACUCUCGUCAGUCCCAACGACAAGAAUGGCGUACAUGCCGUUAAUCUUGAGCUCAAACAUGUGUUAGGAUCGAUGCCAAACAAGACAUUCCAGUUUAAGACGACAACACCACUGUUAAGACCAUUACAAUUACCAACAAAUCUUAAACUAAUUGAUGCACUCAAUCGUGUACUUCGAUUGCCAUCCGUGGCCUCCAAACGAUAUUUAACAAAUAAAGUUGACAGAAGUGUAACGGGUCUUGUGGCUCAACAACAAUGUAUUGGUCCACUUCAUACACCAUUAGCUGACUACGCUGUGAUAGCAAUGAAUUAUUUUAACUUUGAGGGCAGUGCCACCUCUAUAGGAGAACAACCUAUCAAAGGACUUAUAUCUGCCGAAGCAAACGGAAGAUUAACGGUUGCAGAAGCCAUCACUAAUCUAAUGUUUUGCGUUAUCAGUGACUUGAGAGAUGUCAAGUGUUCCGGCAACUGGAUGUGGGCCGCAAAGCUCGAUGGAGAGGGAGCUAAACUGGUAAAGACGUGCGAAAGCAUGUGUCAAGUGAUGAAUCAAUUGGGAAUUGGCAUCGAUGGUGGCAAAGAUUCAUUAUCAAUGGCUGCAAAUGUCAAAGUGAGAAACAACUCAGAAGUGGUCAAAUCUCCAGGAACUUUGGUUGUUAGCUGUUAUGCACCGGUUCCUGAUAUUAGAGUUAAAGUAACGCCUGAGCUCAGGGUCGAUGGCACUCAAUUGCUUUACAUUAACCUAAGUGGUCAUAAUAAACACCGUAUCGGAGCGUCGGCUUUGGCCCAAGUAUUCGGUCAAAUUGGCGACGAAUCACCCGAUCUGAACAAUCCUCAGCUUCUCAAGGAUUGCUUUAAUUUGGUACAAGAAUUAAUCAAAGGCGGCAUCUGUACCGCUGGUCACGAUAUCAGUGAUGGCGGACUCAUUACUUGUGUCCUGGAAAUGGCAUUUGCCUCCAAUUGUGGCAUUGAAGUCAACAUCGAGUGUACAAACAAUGCAGAUAUUGAAGUGCUGUUUGCAGAAGAGUGUGGUGUUGUCAUUGAAAUCAUUGACGACUAUUUGCCUAAAGUAUUACAAGACUUCAAACGUAUAGGACUUGAACCACAAGUUAUUGGCAAAGGGCUCGACAAUCAAGACUUAGUUAUUAUUAAUAUCAAUAAUAAGCCAACUCUUAGAGCAAAAAUGACUGAAUUGAGAGACAAAUGGGAAGAAACGAGUUUUGAAUUGGAAAUGUUUCAGACAAACAAAGCCUGUGUCCAACAGGAGAGGAAUGGACUUAAACAUAGAAAACACCCGAAAUGGACACUGACCUACAAUCCGGAUAACAUCAAUAUAAAUAUUGACAAUCACUUCAAGAGUGCUCCACGAGUUGCAGUGAUUCGAGAGGAAGGUAUUAAUGGGGACCGGGAGAUGAUCGCCAGUCUCUAUAUGGUUGGCUUCGAAGUGGCCGAUGUCACCAUAACUGACAUUUUGAACAAAAAACUAUUGACUUUGGAAGCAUUCCGGGGCCUUAUAUUUCCCGGUGGCUUCUCCUAUGCAGACGUAUUGGGCAGCGCCAGGGGGUGGGCGGCAACCAUGAAGUUUAACGAUAUAAUAGCACAACAGUUGGAGAGAUUCAGAUCGCGAAACGAUACCUUCUCGCUGGGUGUUUGCAAUGGAUGCCAGUUAAUGGCCCUCUUAGGUUGGGUUGGCUCCGAAACAGAGGGAAAACCAGAGACAGUUGUGACACACAAUGACUCCGAAAGAUUUGAAAGCCGUUUUGUUUCGGUAAAGAUUGAAGAGACCACUAAUGCCAUUAUGUUUAAAGAGAUGCAGUCAUCAGCUAUGGGUGUCUGGGUAUCGCACGGAGAGGGAAAGUUUGCUUAUGUUAACGAUAGUAUACUCAAGAAAAUUGAACAAAACAAUUGUAUUGCACUCAGAUAUGUUGACGAUCUUAACAAUUGUACUCAAGAGUAUCCAAUGAAUCCUAAUGGAAGUGCUCUGGGAAUCGCUGGAAUUGCCAGUAAAGAUGGUAGACAUUUAGCACUUAUGCCUCACCCGGAAAGGGCGACAUUCAUAUGGCAGUGGCCUUACAUUCCCAAGAAGUGGAAGCACCUGAAAGUGAGCCCAUGGGCUAAAAUGUUCAGAAAUGCUUACGACUGGUGUAUCACUGCUUAGUUGUCUUUUUUUUAAAAAUAAAUUUUAUGACAAUUAUUGAUCUAUUUUCCUAUAGUAUGCAUAAUAAACACACAAAUCAAUAGUGAAACUA